GACAAACUAAAGCACUCUUCAGCAACUCCAAACACUCUAUUCAGAACAUGGCAUUGUAUCCUGAAAACGUAUCCAAAUUAAUAGCUGAAGGCUCCCGCGCCUAUUCUGCGAAAGAUUUUGACUCGGCUGUUGCAAAAUACGGAGAGGCUUGCGAGACAUACGCGGAAGAACACGGUGAUGAUCCUGACUUGUUGUUCUUAUACGGUAAAGCAGUAUUUCAAAGUGCCAUUAGCAAGUCCGAAGUUUUUGGUGGUGCUCCACCUGCACGUACCAACGAUGACAAUGAGAAUGGAGAAGGUGAACAGGACGAAGAAGAUGAUCAGUUUCAAUUUUAUGAUGCUGAACCUGUUGAAGCCGAGGUAACUGAUGAACAGGAAGAAGAAGGGCCUCAAUUAGCAGAGGAAGACGAAGAAGACGAAGACGAAGAAGAUGGUAAGGGAAAGCCAGAAAAACAAGAAGAGGAAGAAAGUGAUUUUGAGAUAGCCUGGGAAAUUUUAGACCUUACCCGAACCUUAUUAGAAGAUAAGCUCUCCACUCUUGACAAGGGCGAUUUAUCUCCUCCAUAUUUGGAAUCAGACCGUUCCGAAACUACAAAUGAAUACAUAAUCACAGUCAAGAAGUUAGCUGAUUGUUAUGAUAUUCUUGGUGACAUCUCAUUGGAAACAGAAAACUUCCAACAAUCAGCAACUGACUUCCAAGAAUGUCUCGAUCUUAAAUUGAAAUUGUAUAAUCCGGAAAAUUCAGGAUUCUUGUCAGAAGCAUAUUAUAAGGUAGCAUUGGCCUUGGAGUUCUGUUCUGAUCCUCAACUGAGACAAAAGGCCGCCGAGCAAUUGAAAUUAGCGAUUGAAUCUGUCCAACGCAGAAACAAACAUGAAACUGAUAGUGAGAUGAAAAAGGAAAAUGAUGAGAUGAUCCAAGAAUUGCAAGUCAAAUACGAUGAAUUGAGAAAAGCGCCUAGUGAUCAAUUACAACAAGAACAAAUGGAAUUGAUUAAAGGAAUUUUAGGACAAGAAGCCACCAGUUCAGGUGGGGAUACCAGUACCAGUAUGUCUGAAGUUCUAGUAAACAAUCUUACCUCCAUGGUUAAGAAAAAGAAGCCAGCUCAACCUGUAAAUGAUUUGUCAGGUAUGGUCAAGAAAAGAAAAGCCCCUAAACCAGAUGGCAAUGGAGUAAAGAAAUCCAAAACGGAAUAGAUUGCCGAGAUAUUUGUUUAUAGAAACUUUUUAGUAUAAUUUGAAAGUAAUUUCGAUUUC